UUUAUCCCAUCUGUAUGUCUUUAAGUGCUGCGCUGUUUGUCACGUUAAGUGAUCCGGUGGUUCGUCUUGCUAGCGCGAAGCUUCUGCUACAUCAGUUUAUCCAUGUUGUAAAUAAUAUGAGAAUUUACUUCUUUUAUUAAGUUUUUAUUGCAGCACAUUUCUUCAAACUAUGACUCAACCGGCGGAGAAAGUGUAUUAUCGCUUUGUCGUGCUGUUUUUUAACUGCCUGCUGACAUUCGGGUCCUACUUCUGCUUCGACAUCCCCAGUGUUCUGCAGGAACAGUUUCAAGGGAACCUUACAUGCCCCAAUGCAACAGUAAUCAAUGGGACAGUGGACUGUGUGGAGGGACUGGGGAUGAGCCCUCAGCAGUAUAAUCUUCUCUACGCCAUAUAUGCUUGGACGAAUGCAGUGGUGGUGAUCCUGGCAGGAUUCCUGAUUGAUAAAUUAGGAAAUCGCUUUGGAGUGUUUUUGUUUUCUUUCCUGUGCGUUUUGGGCUCGUCCCUGUUCGCUCUGGGCUCCCACUUCAAGGGAACUCCCUACCUCCUUCCACUUAUGCUCACAGGCCGCUUGUUGUUUGGAUCAGGCAAUGGAUCUUUGACCAUUGUACAGAACCGCAUCACAGCCUUCUGGUUCAAAGGGAAAGAGCUGGCUCUGGCCUUCGGUCUGACCCUGGCCUUCUCUCGCCUCGGUUCAGUCCUGAACUUCUUCCUCACCGAGAGGUUUGAAGUCAGAUAUGGCAUGCAGUGGACACUUUGGGGUGGCGCCCUCCUAUGUGUGCUUGGCUUUGUUUCGGCCAUCGUAGUGAGCGUCUUAGACAAGGUUGGAAUGAAGCAGCUGGGUCUCGAUGGAGCCAUCCAGGAGGAGUCUCGCAAAGUGAGGGUCCAGGAUGUGAAGCUUUUGUCAUUGAGAUACUGGCUGCUGGUUCUGACCAUCAUGUUCUUCUACAACGGCAUUUUCCCGUUCAUCGCUGAUGCCAGUAAAUUCAUCCAGGAUAAGUACAGCGACUACAGUCAGAAGGAGGCGGCCUAUGUUGCGGGGGCGGUGUACGACAGCUCUCUGGUCCUCUCAGCUUGUGUGGGGAUUCUUAUUGAUUAUGUGGGUCUGCGAGGUGUUUUUGCAGUGGCUUGUGCCGUCUUCACACUGCCAGUGUUUGGACUCUUGGCCUUCACCUUCGUCCCUCCUCUGGUUUCCACCAUCUGGCUCGGAGUCACUUACUCCUUUGCUGCUGCCAGCAUGUGGCCUUCCAUUCCUCUGGUUGUACCUCAGGCGACUUUGGGAACUGCUAUGGGCCUCGCCACCUCCAUACAGAUGGUUGGGAUUGGCGUGUCCAAUCUGGUCGUCGGUCAGAUUUUGGGCACCUCCUCAAGUGAAAGUAAGAUCCCGCUGUGGCGCUGGCAGAGGAUGAUGAUCUUCAUGUUGGCCAACACCUUCGGCUGCAUCAUCACCUCCGUGCUGCUCAACAUCGUUGAUCACAAACAGGGGGGAACUCUGAACAAGACGACCAAGAGGUCAGGGCAGAUGCAGAGCAACUCCGAACGAGAGCCGCUCAUCCGCAGAGAGGAGGAAGAGCCACGUGAAAACCGUGAUGGUGCUGUCAGGUCUAUCAAUUCGUGAGGUUUUUCUUUUUAAAUCAACUUUUUUAUUGAAUUUUUGUACGUUAGCCUCAACACAACAACGAUCGUCUCACUGAUUUUACUCUACGCCACACUGUGCUCAUAUGUGGUCAUAAAUCUCCUGGCCUUUUUUGUUCAUGACAUCAUUCUUGGCAACAUUUUAUGACACUGAGAAACAGCAACUUUUAAACUUCAGGCAGAACCAUCUGAUUAUAUAUUUACUGAAGACUGUUACAUGGAAACAUUUAUAAACAUGUUUUUUUAAAGCAUCUAAUCUGAAACUUUGACAUUUUAAAUAGAGAUUUAAAGUAAUCUUGGCGACAAAUGCAUUUUAAUGCUCUGAACUAUAUAUUUUUUUUACGAUAGACUAAAGUUUUGGUGUUGGCAAGAUUUUUAGAGUCCAAAACCGCUAAACCAGGCACUCUAGAUCAGUUCUUUCACUUUAUCAAAGCAAUCACUACUAUUAAUUAUAUUUUUGUGUCUGAAACUCACUAUGAAAGGGAAUGGUGUCAUAUUCACUUUGUUGCAAUCUAUAACUUAACCACUAGAUGUCACCAGCGUCACACAUGGUUGAUUCCUAGGGUUGCAAGUCACAUUUUUAAUAGUUUUUUGUUAUUUAUUUCACACUCUGUCUCACAUUGAAGGGAAAUUAGCAAUUAUAGCAUUUAUGGAAGGUUACCCAACUCUCUUUUUGUAUUGGAUAAAAGUGUGUUGGUUCCUAACUUUUUGCUUUGCACAUUUCCUUAUUUUGUCUGUGUUUCCCCCAGAUUAAUUGAUUCUGAUCUGUAUUUAAAUGAACAUUUGCAGGGACUGGUUUAGCAAUAAUUGAUUUUCACCUGCGAUAUUUAAAACUUGAAUGAUUGGACAGCACAAAUGUUUAGAUUUUAAAUCUGCAUCUGCCCAAGACGGAGCCGAACCAGUGAUUUUAGGUUUUGUUCAAUGAAACUAGUGAAUGAUCAAAAGUUAAAGCGUAUUUACGACCUUCUACUGGUCAUUAUGUAUGAAUGUGUGUGUUCCUGAUCUUAAAGGGAAGAACAGAAAUGUUAGCAAUAAUUCAACUGUAACCAUUUUUUAAACAACCUUGUAUUAAAACUUCCAUGAUGGUGCUUGUAAGGAUUUUGCUAAUGACCAUAAUGAGCCAUAAUACAUGUUUUUAAAUGAACUUUCAAUUGUAUGUUUUUGGUUUUGAUUAAAUUUGCAGAAAUGUA